UCUAAUCAAAAGUGCAAAUUUUCUCUCUCUCAUGAAUCUCUUUCUUGUACACAAGGUUCACCUGGACUCGGCACGAUCAAAAUUCAUCCGCCCACCUUUUUGAAAAAAUUCGUCGAUAUUUCAGCUCCUUCCCUGCACACCUUGCUCUAUCCUUCUUUCUACCGUAGCAAGGAUGGCUGGAAAAAUUGUUACCAAUCGAUCGACUGGUUCUUUUGACUUUGAGCUUGUUGAGGGUGAUCCUGAUCAACUAAGGACGGUUGUAGCAUCACCUAACCAGAUUAGUCCAUGGAUUGACCCUGCAACAAUAAAACUGAGACACAGAAUUGGGAGGGGUCCUUUUGGUGAUGUAUGGUUAGCAACUCAGCAUCAGGCCACUGAAGAUUAUGAGGAGUAUCAUGAAGUGGUUGUCAAGAUGAUGCCUCCUAUUAAGGAAGAUAACAUUAAGGUUGUACUAGAUAAGUUCAAUGACUUGUUUUCUAAAUGUCAAGGCCUGAAAGGUGUUUGCUGGCUGCAUGGUAUUUCAAUAAUUAGUGGAAAGGUAAGCAUCAUCAUGAAAUUCUACGAGGGAUCAGUUGGUGACAAAAUGGGUCGCCUUAAAGGGGGCAAGCUUUCAUUGCACAACAUUCUGAGGUAUGGUAUAGAGUUGGCUCAGGGAAUUAUGGAACUGCACUCAAAAGAUAUCCUAGUUCUUAACCUCAAGCCUUCUAAUUUCCUUUUGACUGAAAAUGAUGGGGCCGUGCUUGGAGAUCUUGGGAUUCCUUAUGUGUUGCUUGGAAUUCCAUUGCCAAAUUCAGAUAUGGCUCGAAGACUUGGUACCCCAAACUAUAUGGCUCCAGAACAAUGGAAACCAGAAGUAAGAGGUCCGAUAUCCUUUGAGUCUGAUUCUUGGGGGUUUGGUUGCAGCAUUGUGGAGAUGUUCACUGGAAUUCAGCCUUGGUGCGGGAAGUCUGUAGAUGAGAUAUAUAACUUAGUUGUUAAAAAACAAGAGAAGCCACAAAUACCCAGUGGCCUUCCUCCUGCAGUGGAGAAUGUCAUACUCGGAUGUUUUGAGUUUGACUUCCGUAGUCGUCCUGUGAUGGCAGACGUCCUACAUGCAUUCAAAAGCUCACAAGAUGCAGUGCUUCGUGAUGGAGUCUGGACAGGUGUCACAAGUAGAACGCUUGUAGACAAAUCAAGUGGCAGUGGAUAUACAGAGUGGUUUCUCUCAAAGGAUCAUCUCCUAGUGGGUGACACGGUACGGUCCAGAAAGCCACCGAACUUGUGCAAACUUGAAAAUAUGGGUAUUCCGGAAGGAAUUGUUGUGGGUUUGGAUUGUGACCCUGAUCCAACUGGGUUUGUUCUAGUGAGGGUCCAUGGCAUCCAUGACCCAAUAAGAGUCCACGUAUCCACACUAGAGCGGGUCACCUUUGGUCUUGCACCAGGCGAUUGGGUACGUUUGAAGGAGGAAGACAAAAAACACUCUCCUGUGGGUAUUCUUCAUUCCAUCCGUCGAGAUGGAAAUUUGGCUGUCGGAUUUAUAGGAGGGGAGACCCUUUGGAAGGGUAAUUCUUCGGAGCUUCAAAUGGCAGAAUCGUAUUGUGUGGGCCAGUUUUUGAGGUUGAAACCAAAUGUGUUUAGCCCUAGGUUUGAGUGGCCACGGAAACAUGGCGGCGAAUGGGCCACCGGAAGAAUCCACCAGAUUUUACCAAACGGGUGUCUGGUUGUCAAAUUUCCUGGGAUAUUGACAUUUGGCAACGAAAAUGACAAUUUCCUAGCAGAUCCCGCCGAAGUGGAAGCAGUUUCAUUUAAUUUUUGUGCAGGUGUUAUUAAGAAGUACCAACAUCUCGAAGAUUUUCACUGGGCUGUAAGGCCACUUCUUGUUGCAUUAGGGCUAUUUACUGCCAUGACAGUUGGUCUUUUUGUUGGGAAGAAAAUGGGAAGGUCAAAGGUGAAGAAGCGAAAUCAUGCCAUGAUACCAUGUGACGUUCAACAUGCGGAUGGACAGAAUGGUGGGAAUGCAGGUUGGCGCCGUCCGAAGAUGCCAAAUAUGUUUUGAGAAACUACUUCUCGGUAGUGUCACCAAACUCCAGGUCACUUUUCCAAAAUCUACUCACUUCUAGUGAAAGUCACUAGUGUUAAAAUCAAGAUUUGUUGACCUUUUAGGUUAGGGAAUUUGAUGAAACUGUUUCUGCUUCAGUAAGGACUCAUAUUCUGAAUGUCUGUAAAUAGAUGGAUUUGCUGUUGAUUUAAGUACUGCUUAGUGCUUAUAUAUGCUCCAUACUCCUAUUUAGCGA